AUGGCGGAAGGAGACCCGAUCGACGCAGACAGGGACGACUCCGAUGACGGGUCCGCCAUGCAUACAACGAGCCCUGUCAAUCCUAUGGAAGAAGCAGACAAGGACGAUACAAGGAUCGCAGACUACCAGCCCGAGACGCCGUCGAACUAUGUUACCCUAGACACCUUCGCGAAACUCACAAAUCACCUCAGGACACGCAGAUGCCGCGUAUGCAACGACCUGUUCUUUUCAUCGGAACUGGAUGUUCGGAACCUGUUUCAAGACUGGGCGGACGGUACAGUGGAUCAGUUAUCCUGCAAUCUCAGAUGCAGUAAAUGCAACACGCGCUCAUGCAUCGCAUGCGAGCCAGUCGCCUUCACAAAGUCAUCCAAGGUCGGGUUUGCCUCACAAAACGUGUCAUGGUGUUGUGUGGGUGGGCGGUUAUUCCUGAUAUGGGCACUCCUCUGUGGAUUCGAUCGGCGCAUCUGGGAGUCCAGAAAUCUCGGGAACAUAUCCAAGCAAGUCAAGCCGGAGCCUAAAUCAAAGGCCAUGAAGAUCCAGAAGUCUACCCGCGGCGGAGGGUUAAAUACAGGUCCCUUGGGCGGUCACAGAUUUUCGAGAGAAUCCAUGCCUAGUGGUAAGGGCUACGGCGGGCAUACCUCGGGCUCCAGUGGACAUGAUCACGAUAUGUACGACGACGACACCUCUGAAGACGAUGGCGAAGCCGGAUAUGAUAUCAACGGUUUGCCUUUCAAUGUUGAAGCACUGGAAGACAUGUAUGGGAAAGCACCAACCCCGAACGGCUUUGAACACAUUAUGAACUCGAUGAAGCCCAUACCCAACAAACCCAAACCCAAGAAUGCGAUGGGCAGAAAAGAUGACUUCAUGUCAAAGGCGCGGAUUACACAGAAAAAAGAAGACAUGUUCAGCAUAACUGUCCUGUAUUGCUUGACCGAUCUGCUUCCGUCUCUCGAGCGGGAGGCCUGCUUCGAUUUCGAUCCUCCCGGUGCCAUCUUGGAAAUGCUCAACAACAGCAAGAUCCUCCCAUACUGCGCAGAGCUUCUACGCAACGACUCGUUGGUCGAUGUUACCAACCGCAAAUACCUCUAUCAGGCGCUGUUCUCCUUCCUGACUAUGGUUGGCUCGCAUUCCAGUACGAAGGCAGCGCUCUUUGGCCCUCGAUAUGCGCGACCUGAGACAAUAGACUUGCUCACACUCUCUUUCAAUGACGGGGUACCCGACGCAAAGGAGAGGGUGACCACUCUAGCCGAAUGUCUACGAAACCUCACUACUCAGAGCUCACUGAUGCUACAGAGCUUCAAUACGAACCCGAAAGCUUUCGAGGAUGACGAGGACCUGACGAUGCUUUACGUAUGCGACCACAUUGCCAUCUUUACCAAAUUCAUUCAAACGCAUAUGAUCACAGCGACCGAUAGCGUAGGCGGCAAGGCGACCGUCGUGGUACCUGAUGGCCUCGGUUUGAGGGAUGUAGACUCCACGCUGAUGUCAGAAACUCAUUACUAUUGGAACACAGCGAAGGGCUUCAUGGACUCCCAGCCGGGAAGGUUCAAGCGGUUGAUCACAGAGAUUACGACGCUGCAAACGGGCCUGCCACCGGGCAUCUUCGUACGCUAUUGCGAGGAUAGGCCCGAUAUCCUCAAGUGUGUCAUUGUCGGACCUGCUGAUACACCGUAUGAAAAUGGCCUCUUCGAAUUCGACAUCUUCUGCGGCCAGAUGUUUCCGAACCUCCCUCCGGAGGUCAACUUUAAGGGAACAGCGGGCGGUCGUCUAAACAUCAACCCAAAUCUUUACGCAGACGGUAAAGUUUGCUUAUCUUUACUUGGUACAUGGUCUGGAGAGCCAUGGAAUUCUGGGGAGUCGACAUUGCUACAAGUAUUGAUCUCCAUACAAGCAAUGAUACUGUGCGAGGAGCCAUGGUACAACGAACCAGGAAGGGAAGCGGGCUAUACUCGCAGCCCCAACGGGCCUUCAGCGAUGUACAACAGAAAGAUCCGUGACCAUACCGUACGCACUGCCAUUCUAGCUUGGCUCGAUGAACCGCCACCACUUUGGAAAGACGUUGUCGAUUUCCACUUCAAACAGCAAGGCAAUACCAUUCUCAGUACAGUGGAAGAGUGGGCCAAAGAGAGGAUGGGUGAAUCUAAUAAAUCGGCUACUGAGCGAAUGAUCGAAGAGGAACUGUACGCCUACGACGAGGCUCUUGCUGACACCAUGACUGCUCGUCGCCCGGUUCCAGAAGCAAGCGAUUUGGGCUCCAUGCUACCACAGCUGCAAACUGCAUUGAGAACAUAUGGCGCUACAUUCAUAGUCAAAUACGUCGCUCCUCCUGCCCCAAAACGGAAGUCCCUAAAGGCAAGCCAUUUCGAGUCCAAGUUUUCGCCUUACCCACCUGGACCGGGGGGUCCCACAACGAGCUCAUCGGAAGCACCGACGGGGUCUUCUAUGGCAAGUUCGUCAGAAGCACCAACGUGGGCUUCAGUGGCAAAAUCCUCGCCAGCCCAGACAGACACUCAAUCCAUGUGGGACUAUCUGGAUGAUUUCGGUGAAGCCAUGGACAAUCAAAAUCUGCAGAAUGCUCCACGCGGAGACUUCCACCGCGGCCGUGGCCAACAUCGUGGAGGCUUCGGUAGGGGCCAGACAACUGCCGAUAGAAACGGACCUGCCGUGGAGGGUUCUGCUGAAGCUCCUCGCUAUGAACUUAGGUCGUCUACACGUGGUCGCGGCAGCAGCGAUGAACCUAGUACUCGUGGUGGACAGAGCAGUUCCAGUACCGUUCACCCACCUUACAACAGCAACACCAUGAACUUUAUACGCGGAAGGGGUGGAGCUUCUCAUAGCGUCCAAGGCUUCGGUCGAGGGGGAUUUGGCCGUGGGGGUCGUGGUAGUGGCUUGGAUGGUUCCGCUCCUGUGUUCCCUCCUCCACCUCCCGCCGGCCCUCUUCCGCCCGUUGGGUUCUACAAUGUCGGCCGCGGUCGAGGUGGACCUCCUCCAAGUGAUAACUUCACCAUGGGAGAUGCGCCGACAUGGGUUCGCGGGGGUGGACGCGGUCGUGGUAGAGGAGGCGGACGGGGUGAUCGUGGAGAUCGCGGUGGACGCGGACGGGGUAGGGGAUGA